AAACUAAUUUCGUUUGUCUGUGAUUUAACCUAUAACUGAAAAAGUAUAAUUUAUUAAAUACUAAAUAAUCCCAAAUAUCAAAAUGUCUCUAACAAAUGCACCUAGAAUAUCUCAUUUAAUGAAUAAAUUUAGAAUAUUGAGGCAUUCGGGAAAGGUCUCAUCUUACAAAUAUAUGUCUAGUAUUUCUAAAUAUUCAGAACAUAAAUCAAUUGAAAAAAUUCGAAAUAUAGGUAUAUCUGCACAUAUAGAUUCUGGUAAGACAACACUUACCGAAAGGAUAUUGUUCUAUACUGGCAGAAUAGAAUCGAUGCACGAAGUAAGAGGAAAAGAUAAUGUUGGUGCAACAAUGGAUUCAAUGGAACUGGAAAGACAGAGGGGUAUUACAAUCCAAUCUGCGGCAACAUAUACCUUAUGGAAAGAACAUAAUAUCAAUAUAAUCGACACACCAGGUCACGUGGAUUUUACAGUGGAGGUGGAAAGAGCUUUGAGGGUGUUAGAUGGUGCAAUUUUAGUUUUAUGUGCAGUUGGGGGAGUUCAGAGUCAAUCUCUUACUGUAAAUAGACAAAUGAAAAGGUAUAAUGUACCUUGUCUGGCAUUCAUAAAUAAAUUAGAUAGAAUGGGGGCAAACCACCUUCGUGUUUUAUCACAAAUGCGAUCCAAAUUAAACCAUAAUGCUGCCCUUGUUCAAUUACCCAUAGGUCUUGAGAGUGAAUGUAAAGGUAUAAUAGAUAUUGUAGAGCAAAGAGCCAUUUAUUUUGAAGGAAACUAUGGUGAGGAAUUGAAAUAUGAUCAAAUUCCUAAAGAUAUGGUGACAGAAAGUAAUGAUCGAAAACAUGAACUCAUUGAACAUCUAUCUAAUGCUGAUGAACUACUUGGAGAAAUGUAUCUGGAGGAGAAAGAAAUAACAGUAGCAGAUAUAAAAUCAGCAAUAAGAAGAACUUGUCUUAAGAGAAGUUUUACUCCUGUCUUUGUUGGUACAGCACUAAAAAAUAAAGGAGUUCAACCUUUAUUAGAUGGAGUACUUGAUUAUUUACCUAAUCCAGGAGAAGUUGAUAACUAUGCUUUAAAGGAGGAAGAUGGUGAAGAAACCCAAAAAAUAAUAUUGAAUCCAAGUAGAAGUAGUUCUAGCUCAUUUGUUGCCUUAGCAUUCAAGCUCGAGGCAGGCAGAUUUGGGCAACUUACCUAUAUGAGAUGUUAUCAAGGAAUGCUCAAGAAAGGUGAUACAAUCUUCAAUGCAAGAACUCAAAGGAAAGUUAGGAUAUCUCGAUUAGUUAGAAUGCAUUCAAACACUAUGGAAGACGUUACUGAAGUGUAUGCUGGUGACAUUUUCGCUUUAUUUGGAGUGGAUUGUGCAAGUGGUGACACUUUUGUAACGAACUUGAAAGAAAACAUUUCAUUGGAAUCCAUUUAUGUUCCGGAACCUGUUGUUUCCAUGUCGAUCAAUCCAAAAAAUAAUAAGGAUAGGGAUAAUUUUUCAAAGGCUAUCUCUAGAUUUACUAAAGAAGAUCCAACUUUCCAUUUCUGGUUUGAUAAUGACAAUAAAGAAACUAUUGUAUCAGGUAUGGGCGAACUUCACUUGGAAAUUUAUGCGCAGAGAAUGGAAAGAGAAUAUAACUGUCCAGUUUUAUUGGGUAAGCCAAAAGUAGCAUUUCGAGAAACUUUGGUGUUACCAUGUGAAUUUGAUUAUCUCCAUAAGAAGCAAUCUGGAGGACAAGGACAAUUUGCUAGAGUUACAGGAAUAUUGGAGCCUCUUCCUCCCCAAAGAAAUACUUACUUGGACUUUGUGGAUGAAACAGUUGGUACCAACAUACCAAAACAGUUCAUUCCAGGUAUAAAAAAAGGGUUCUUGGCUAUGGCUGAAAAAGGUUUAUUGGCAGGACAAAAAUUAUCAGGAUUGAAGUUCCGUUUGAUUGAUGGAGCCCACCAUAUUGUUGACUCCAGCGAAUUGUCAUUCUUUUUAGCAGCUCAAGGAGCAGUAAAACAAGCGUUUGAAGUAGGAGCGUGGCAUAUCCUGGAACCUAUCAUGUCCGUAGAAGUGAAUGCUCCAAAUGAAUUUCAAGGGACUGUCAUCGCUCAGUUGAACAAAAGACAUGGAAUUAUAACUGGCACGGAGGGUACAGAAGGAUGGUUUACUCUACAUGCCGAGGUGCCUCUGAAUGAAAUGUUUGGUUAUGUGGGAGAAUUGAGAUCUAGCACGCAAGGAAAAGGAGAAUACACAAUGGAAUACUCGAGAUAUUCGCCGUGCUUACCGGAUUUACAAGAAAAAUUAAUAUUAGAGUAUCAGAAAUCUAUGGGACUGUUACCUGAAGAUAAGAAAAAGAAGAAGAACUGAGAAUCAUUUGAAUUAAAAAUGUAAAUAUUAAUUUAAAUUGUCUUUCUAAGGUAGGAUUUAGACUUAACGUUUAUACUUGUAGUUACCUCGAAGUUGAAUGUUUUAGUGAGAAAUAUAAUUCAGGAAAAAAUUCUGCGAGUAGUGAAUUUUUUAGUUUGUAAUAAUGAAAACUUUGGAACUUUUAAUCCAAAAAGCUAACUAAAAAGGAACUAAGUAAAUAAUAAAUUUUGAAACAAUAUUUUUUACAAAUAUUUUAAUUUCAUAAACAAAGUUGUUUAUUGUUUUAUACUUAAAUGACUUAUAAUUAAAUUGACAAUAGAAUGAA